ACUUUAGAUCUCUCUCUCUCUCUCCGUCUAACAAAGAUCAACUCUUCCAAUUCAAGCUCUCCGUUCUUGGGUCUCUCUCUCUCUCCCCCUCGUAGAUGGAAGUAGCCAUAAUCGAUUGGAAAACCAUAGACUCCAGCUUCGUGAAAGACGAACUCUACGAGAACAUCAAUGCCCCAAAGUGGGUUGAUCUCAAUGAUCCCAAAGAUUCCGUUGACGACGAAACUUGGUUCUGCAGAGCUGAUUGCAAACAUCCGAAGAGGGUUGAAGAUUUUUGCAAAGAAAUGCCUAAUUUAAAGAGAUCAACUAGUGUGUCUGAAAUCCUCCCAUUGGGUGAUCGAAAUAGAAGAGAUUCAACACUGAAGAAGAGAGGGUUCAUUCAAACUCCAUUUUCGUCAAACAAAGACCUUAAAUGUGAUUCAGUUGUCGAAGAUAGCGAGAAUGAGAACCCCAAUCUAUCCACACCACCAAAUCACAAAGCUAGUAGAUUCAUGAAAGAAGCAGUUAAAUCAAGUGCAGAGAAGAAAAGGGCUGAUAAUUCCUUGCACAAUGAAGAGGCGCCGAGGCUGAGAAGUACACUAUCAGCACGCAAUUUGUUUGCAGGGAGGGAUAUAUUGAAUCAGAUAACAGAGUUUUGUAAUGAGUUGAAGAGAUUGGCGAUGAGGCCAAAGGACAGAGAGAAUCUGGAGAAAGAGAAUGUGAAGAGUCCGGUGAGAAUGCAUAAACAAGAGGUGAAGAACCAUUUAGGCAAAAAUUCUAAGGAUAUGAAUGAGAAAGAUGAGAGGAAGCCAUUGCUAGCGCCGAGUAAAGAGAAAUGUGAAACAAUGGAGAAGAGAAGUGUCAAGGACAAGCAGAAACAGGAGGUGAAGGACCAUUUAGGUGGGCAUUUGAGGGAUUUGAACGAAAGAGAGGAGAGGAAGCCAUUCCUAGUGUUGAGUAAAGAGAAAUAUGAAACAAUAGAGAAGAGCAAUGUCAAGGAGAAGCUGAGGAGGAAGAAAAGAACUGAUGAAGCAGAGAAUACCCCAAUAUCUGUGGACUUGAAGAACAUAAAGGGCAAAGGACAUGCAAGCUUGUUAGAAAUCCGGACCUGUCCCCCCUCUCCUCAAUGUUUUUCAGCCAGGCGCGAGCCCAACAAAGCCACCACCCCAAGGCUUUCAAGUCUAGACCUCAGGAAAGAGGAAUACUUCAAGAACUGGAACCGAGUAAGGAGGCAAGAGAAGCAAGAACCAUGGAUGUGGAUGUUUCGGGUGUUGGCGAAAGAGAAGCAAGAACCAUGGAUGUUUUCUGGUUCUUGAAGCCCUGCACACAUUCUAGCUAAGCUAGUUAAACCAGUAAGAAGCACAGCAUCAUUCUUUCAUUCUUUUACCAAUUUUUUUACAUAUUGUAUAACCAAACACUCAUAUUUUGUUGUUGAAACACUUCCAAUGAAUAAAUUGUUGCCUCUCAAGUCCUUAUUUUGAAGUAGCACAACUCUGUUUCAACUUUAGCCUCCUACUAAUUUUCACAUAAGAG